AUGAUCUCCAUCUACACGAGCCCAAUGCGACACACGCUGGACAACCCAGGACGGGCAUCAAAGGUCUCGGGACGUCACAGCCUGGGGGAAGGGGGGCCGGCUGUGGGCUCUCUGUUGUUACUACGCAGAGCAACGGUCUUGCACCGAUCGGCCCACACUGGUCGAGACGCUAUAAAACGGCUAGGAUCACUGCGCACAAACACAUUCCGGCAGGGUACUCCAAGGCAGAAAAGGUGUCAAAGAGAAGCUGCUGCUAGAUGUUUCGUAAAAGGUGCUUGCUCGGUGGCAAACCUCUCACUCGGCCCAGCGUGCGUGUGUCUGCGAGUGUCGAACCCGAUUUGUCGCCGAAAGCACCACAGCACAGCAGGAAGAAAUCUAAGUAGUGCGGAAAAUGUGCCGGGAAACAAAGGGAGUGAAAUGGGCUCCGUACAACCGGAGGAACGGAGCCCUGGCGCUAUGAGAACGGCCAAACGCCGAUAG